CCAACCAUUCCAGCUCUCUGUUUGCAUUGAUAAACAGCUUGGUACAUAGGUAAACAUGCGCGGGCCAACCGCGACUUUUCAAUAACCGACGCGAGCCCGGCUUUCAGGCUUCUUCGCGCGAAUGGCGCACAGCGCGCAAUACCAGACAUUCUUUCGAUGCGAGGGCACAACACUGCUUCGCAAGCUGCCCGAGGAGGCUCGCUUGUCGCUGCGGUAUUUCGAGACGGUGGGGGUUUUACAGCAUUUCCGCCCGCUGCCGCCGCUCACGUCCAGCCGGCGAGUCGUCAGGGGAAAGCGUUACUACUAUGUGGCUGUCACGGAUUGGGGGUUGUUCCUGCUCACAAAAGACAACAAGGUGGAGGGCUCGGUGCUACUGGAGGUGCCCUGGCUCGGCGUGCGCGAACUGGAUAAGACGGAGACGGACAGCGAUGACUUUGUAAAGCGUGAUCCCAAGAAGCCCGAAACAGUCAUUCGCUCACUCGCACUCGCACUUUACCCAGAAGCCGACCUGGCCGCGCUGCCGCCCGCGCUGCUUAAAAAGCACGGUCUGCUGGGUCACGGCCAGGCGGCAGCCCUGCCACCCAAGCCGCCGCCCAAGCCCAAGCCGGAACCUGCAAAGGCGGGUGCCGCAGUCGGCGGAUGCUGCGGGCGGAAGGGCGCCCAGGCGGGAGCUCUGGACCCCGCGGCCCCGCAGCCGCCGGGCGGGGGCUGGAAGGAGCGGCAGCAGCAGCUGGCGGCGGCGGCGGCUGCAGACCCCAGUGUUCUGCAAGCGAAGACGGUGACGGUGGCGCAACCGGCUGACCUGCUGGAGGAGAUGCGGCGGGAGCGGGAGGCGGUGCAGGAGGCGGCGCGGCGUGCGCAUGACAUGUACCAGCAGUUUGACGAGCCGCCGCAGCCGUCUGUGCUACAGCUGUCGGAGCAGAUGAAGCAGCAGCAGCUGCUGGAGGGGCAGCAGCAGGCGAUGGCGAUGGCGGCCUGGGCCGCGCAGCAUGCGCAGCAGCAGAUGGGGCCGCUGCUGGUCAACUUUGUCGCCAGUGACAUUGACCCUCGGCUGCUGACGCCGGAGCAGCUGGCGGGCCUGCAGGCGCGGCAGCUGCUACAGCUCCAGUACAUGCAGAACCAGCAGCUGCUACAGCUCAUCCGGCAGCAGCUGCACCUCAACCUGCUGCAGCUGCACAACCUGCGGGAGCAGCUGCAGCUGAGCGAGUGGGAGCGGCUGUGGCGGCAGUGGCAGGAGCUGCCCGCGCCGUACAACUUCGACACGCACCCGGCGCUGGCGGAGGAGGAGGACUGGAUGGCCGGGGACGGCCGCACGGGCGGCAGGGGCGGCGGCCACACGCACCUGCGGGGGCGCAGCGUGGGCGUGAUCAUGGAGGACGCCGGCCGGGCUGUGUGGGAGCGGAGCAGCAAGCACGCGCCGCCGCGCUUCCUGCCGUACGCGCCACGCGCCAUCGAGGCCAUGGCGCCGAGCAUGCCCGGCCCCGUGGCGGAGGCGACCGAGGUGCCGCCACUGACCCUAUCGGGGCUGCGUACCGCCUCGGUCACAGGCGCCGCCGGCUCGGGCGGGCCUGCCGGCCUGCGCACGGCUUCCAUCACCGGGCCCGGCGGCCCGGCGGGCCUGCGCACCGCUUCCAUCACCGCAGGCCCUGGCGGCGCGCCUGGGGUCGCCGGCGCCGCCAUGGCUCGCAACUCGCCGCGGCAGAACCUGUUCAGCACUCUGCGCCGCCGCGGCGAGGACGGGGCCACCGCUGGGUCCGCCGCCUCCGCCGCCACGGCGCGCGCCUGGAACGCAAGCCUGCCGCGGUCGCGCGCCGGGAGCGUGACCGCCGGAGCCGGCGGCGGCGCACCGGGCAUCCUUGCCCUGGGCCAGCGUGACCAGCGGACUGGGUUGGCAGCUGCGGCCGCAGGCGGCGUGGGUGCGGGUGCAGGGCCGGGGGCGGGGUGGGGCGGUGUGCGGGCGUCGGAUACGGACCUGCACCUGGCUGUGGAGGCGGGCAUGGCGCAGCUGCAGGCCACACAGCGCGCGGCGGCGGCGGCGGCGCCGGCCACUGUGGCCAUCCGCGCGCCGCCCGGGACCACGGCCGCCGACGGCAAGGCCGCGGGCCUAUCCGCCCUCGAGCUGCCUGCGGGGCGUGCGGGCUCUGAGGUGUGGGGCGGCGGCGCGGGCUCGCCUGCGGCGUCCAGCGUGGGCACGGCGUCUGCGGCGGCCUCGCCCAGCACGGCCGGCGCGCCCAGCCCCAACCAGCUGAGCGCCUCUUUGCGGGGGUACCACACGCCGCCCGCGGGGGCGAGCCCGCCGGGUCCGGAGCGCAGUGCGGCGUCGCACCUCUCCACCUCCACGCCGCGUCCACAGCAACAGCAGCAACAACAGCAGCAGCAGCAACAGCAACAGCAGCAACAGGAAGCAUUCAUGGCAUCAAUGCGAAGCACGGCGGGCUCGCAGGUGGGCGGUGCGGCUAUGGCGGCGCAGCUGCCGCCGCCCUCCUUCACCACCACCUCCACUGCCGCGCCCGCCACCGCACCUCCUCCUGCCCCGGCCGGCGACACCCACCUCGGCGCCGCGCCCUUCACGCCCCCAUCAUCACCACCGCCGCCCGCACCCUCCACGCCGUCGCCGCCAGCCUCCGUGGCGCCGUCCUCCACGGCGGCUGAGUCCUGGGACUGGCGGCGCGGCGGGGCGCGGCCGCGGCGCUACGCCCUAGAGAAGGACGACGGCAGCCAGCCCGCUUUCUCUGACGUGACGCGCAAGGGCCGCCGCUCCCGCAACCUGGCGCCCGACCCCACUACCUUCACGCUGCCUACCUACCUCAACGCGCAGCCCGCGUUUGUGCGGCUGCCGCCUGCGGCGCCGCAGGCGCCGCAGGCGCAAUACGCGUACGGCGGUGUGCCGCAGGUGGCGGCGGCGGCGCCGCCGCCGCCGCCACUGCCUGGUCGUGUGGUGUCCAUAUACGCGACUGUGGCGGCGCCGCUGGAGGCGCUGGGCGCCAAGGUGUUGUCGCGGCAGGUGGCGUCGCAGCCUGUGGCCAUGUGGACGGAGCACGAGGCGCAGGAGAAGGCCAGGGCCGAGGCGUUGGCGCGAGGCGACAAGGUGCGGCGGCGCCGGGACGAGGUGGAGGCUCUGGAGGAGGAGUAUGAGGACUUCUGGAUCGCGGAUGAGGAGGAUGACGACCUCACACCGGAGCAGGCCUUCUUGUCUGAGUACAAGCUGGUUCUGGUGACGGUGGAGCGCAAGUCCAACCUCUUCUAUCACGUGCAGCGCGCCUGGCUGGGCGCCCGCAUGCGCCUGGCACUCACGGAGGCGGCGGUGCCGGGCAUGCCGCUGUGGUACGCGCCGCCCUUCCUGCCGGUGCAGGUUGUGACGGACUUCGAAUACCCACUGCAACAGCAGCAGCACCAGCAGCUGCAGGCGGCAGGAGGCGGAGUGCUGAUGCUGCCUGCGCCGGGAGACCAGCGGCAGCAGCGGCAGCAAUCCAACGGCAUGGCCGACGCGAACCAGCAGGCGCUGCGAUACUUCGCCGACCCCGGCACGCUGUCAGCGGGCCUGGACUCAGCCCUGGUGGCGCUGGGUGGCGCCGGCGCGUUUGAGCUGUUCCCGGGUGACAGCUUCACACUGCGCCGCCGAGGCCGCGGCGCGGAGCUGGAUGCGCCGCUGGCGUCGCCCGUGCCCGUGGGCUGGGCGGAGCCGGCGGACGGCCGGCCGCCCUCCCGCGGCCUCAGCCGUCAGCUCACAGGGCAGCUGACGCCCACCGGCGGCGCCGGCACCACGUCUCUGCCUUUGGGCGUGUCCGUGUCAGCGGCCUGGCUGGCCCAAUACGAGGAGCUGCAGGCGCGCCGCCUGGGCCGCAUCCACCAGCUCACCUCAGGAGCCAUGGGAGCGUCCGCGCCCACCUCGCCGCAGCAGCUGCAGCUGCAGCAGCUGCAGCAGGCGGCGCACCUCGCCUCCAGCCACGCCGCCGGCAACGCGCUCGGCGCGCUGCCCAGCAGUGGCCUGAGCUCGCCCUCUCCCACAGGGCUGCUUGGCGGCGGUUUUGGAAGCGGAGGCGGUGGCACGCCGCCGCUUAUGUCACGUAGGAGCACCGGGGAGCUUGCCGUCGAUUACGGAGGCAUGGUGGGAAUGAUGUCGCCACAGGCGCCGCCGCAACGCAGUCUUCUGCAGCAGCGCGUGUCCGGCGCGUUCGCAGGCGGCGGUGGAGGUGUCGGCGGCAUGAGCCGCCGCAACCGUAACAACUCCGGCGGCGGUUUGGGCACGUCUGCAGCGUUCACACCCGGGGCCCUCACCGCGCCGCCGCCGGCCGCGCCGCGCCGAGGCGUCACUUGGCACCCGGAGACCGUCGGCGAGGGGCCGGGCGGCACACCGCGCGCGGCCAUAGGUGGAGCCGGAGCCGGCGAGGCCGGCGGAAUGGUGGCGCAAGCCUGGUCGCCAUUCCUUGGCGCAGCGGACCUGGCAGCGGUGGCCGUGGCGGAACCGGAUCGCGGCACGCCGGAGCGCCACCUCCACCACCACCCGCACUCGCCCUCGCUCCAGGCCUUCACCAGCAGUGGCACCGCCGCGCCGGCGCCGUCGCCGGCUGCCGGCGGGCUGCUGCGCGGCGCCAGCGGCUCCAUGCUGCGCGCGGCAGCGCCGGCGGCGGCAUAUGCCGAGGUGGCGGCGGAGCGGUUCAGCCAAAACGUGGACCACGUGGAGGCGCGGGCGUUCUACAACGAGUUGGAAGGGCUGAUGGCGAGCGGGUGCGGCCUGUUCGACGACACGGACGCAGACAUUAUCAAGGAGAUUAUCCUGGAGCGCUCCUUCUCCCAGACGCCCAAAGCGAUGCAGCUGUCGAAGUGCUUCUUCAACUCCCGCAUUGUCAUGAGCUUCAUCAUCAGCCGCCUCUACAGCUGGGGCGCCGUGUGCGCGCUCUUCUCCUCCAAAUCGCCGCCCCGGGCCGAUGACCACCGGCGACCGCCGCCAGGCCCCGAGCCGGGCGGCAUCAGCGGACUCAGCGGCGCACUGGCCGGCGCCGGCGCCUCCGCCGCCUACGCUGCCGCCAUGCCGCUCAACAGCCGCGUCACGAUGCGAGUGGCGGCACACCGGGCCGCAAGGCUGUCGGGCCGUGCCAGUGGGGCUGCGGGCUCGGCCCUGUACGGCACGAGCAGCGGCAGCGGGCCUGGGGGCGCGGUGUACGUGCAGGGUCCCAGCAGUGCGGCGGCGGGGCAGCCGGGGGGCGGUGGGGCGCAGCAGGGCCCACAGCCACCCCCGCAAACACUGUACCCGACGGCCGCGUACCAGCAAGCGCAGCAGCAAGCGCAGCAUCAGCAGCAGGCGCAGGGGCAGGGGCAUGGGCAGGGGCAGCCGCCGCAGGCUGCCGCCAUGCAGCAGGGCGCGACGUACGCACAGCACCAGCAACAGCAAUCACAGUCACCGCAGGUGCAGCAGCAGCAGGCGCAGCCGCAGGCGCCGCACACGCCGCAGCCGCCCUACCAGACCCUGUAUGCCUCACCACAGCCGCAACUUCAGCAGCAGGUGCUGCAACCACCACUGCAUGAGUACCCGCACUCGCAGCAGCGGCAGUCUGAGUCGUCACCUGCGUCGCAGCAACCGCCGUACGGGCAAACGCUCUACCCCGCAGCGGCGCCGCCGCUGUCCCAGCCGCCGCCGCAGCAGCCGCAGUACCCCCAACACAGCCCGCAGCCGUACUCCCAGCAACUGUCGUACGCGCAAGAACUGUACCCCCAGCAGCAGCCGUACCAGCAGCAACCAAACCAAAGUGGCUGGCCCAGCGGUCUCACUGGGGCCAUGCAGCCUCUUGUGGCGCCCCACCCGCCCUCCACGCCCCCGCCCCAGCAGCGCUCAGCCUAUCACGCCGCGGCUGCUACAGCCGCGCCUGCUGGCGGGUACGACUACCCCGGCUAUGGCGAUGGCAGCAGCAGCAGCUACGGGGCCGCCGGCUACGGCUACGGUGGCGGCGGCUUUGCGCACGGCGGAGCUAACGGCAUGGGGGUCGCGUGGGGGCCGUACGGGCGCGUCGCGGCCGGUCCCGUGACAGAGGCUGUGGGCGACGGCGGCGCGGCCGGCGCGGACCCGGCGGCGCUGCUGCCGCAGCGGGCUGUGGCGCCGCCGCCGCCGUCGCGCGUUGGCAGCAUGGCGAGUAUGGCGAGCGUUGCCAGCCGCGGCAGCCGGGGCAGCCGGGGCAGCCGGGGGGCGGGGAGCGGGGCGGGGGCGGUGGAGGAGGAUGAGGAGGCCGACCCCGUCUUCUCGGAGGCAGGCAGUCCCGUGGACAGCAGCCGCGGCCCGGGCGCGGCGGGGCGGCUUGCGGCUGCUGGCCACCCACACCUGGGUUCCGGCAAUGACAACCGCACGCUGCGAACGUCCUUCAGCUUUGGCGGCGGCGGCCUGGCGGCGGCGCCGCCGCUGCUGCCCACACCUGAGAAGCUGCCGCGGCAGCCACACGGCCAGAAGGACGGCAGCUGGGAGCACCUGGAGCGGCAGGACGUGAAGGAGCAGCUGGGCUGGGAGCAGCGUCACGGCGGCGGGUACGGCGAUGAUGAAGGCGGCGGCGGCGGCGGCCUGAUUGGGACGGACGUGACGCUGUCGCGGUCGGGGACCUUGCGGGAGGACGGCACCGGCGGCCGACGGCCCGGGCCUGCCAGCGCGGCCGCGUCUACUGCGGGGCGGCCCGGCGCGGACAAACGCGGCUUCCCGCUGGGGAACAUGGCGGAUGUGGCCAUUGCAGCGGCGGUGCAGGCGGCGGAGGAGAUGGACGAGCGGCAGCGGGAGGCGGCGCACAAGUACGGGCCGCUGAAGAGCGUGGCGGAGGUGGUGGCGGCGGCGCGCGAGGCGAAGGCGGCGGGUGUGCGGGCGGCCCCCGUGGAGGAGCCGUUCAAGCCACGACCCGACAAGUCUCCGCUGCAGCAGGCCGCGGAGCUGGAUGAGGAGCUGGAGUUCUUCCGGCGGCUGCACGCCGCGCGCUCCUGGGCCGUGUUCAGCCGGGCCACACACGGCCACCGCCACCUGCUGAGGCGGCUGGGGCUGGACCGGACCGAGCCCACCUCGAUCAUGGCCACCGUCCAGGCGCUGUCGGAGAUCACGGCACUUGCGCAGAAGCGCCAGGCAGCCGGGCCCGAGGGCCGCCGCAGCACGCCGCCGCCCACGCAGGCGCCGCCCACACUGGCGCCCUCUGACCCCCUGUCCCUGUCGCCCCUGCGUGAGGAGCCCUACCUGUUCGUGCUGCAGCAUCUGGCGGUGGCGGGGCCAGACGCAUGGGGCCCGGGGGGAGGGCUGGGCGCUGGCGACGGCGGCGGCGUAGAUGAGGCGGUGGAGGGCGUGGUGGAGUCAAUCACGGGCCGCACGGCACGAGCGGUGGGCGAGGUGCGGCGCGGCUGGCUCAGGGCCCGCGAGGACAACGGCGGUUCCGGAGGCGCGGGCGGCGGCGGCCGGUCGGGCAGUCCCACACGCGGCGGUGGUGGCGCCUCGGCUGCGGGCAUACGCAGCGCCUACCUGAAGGCGUUCCUGGGUUCCAGGAGCGACCCAAGCGAGGAGCUGCUAGGCGGCCCGGGUGUGGCCCUGUGGGAGCGGCUGGCUGGCCGCCUGGCCGCCCGCAAGGCGCACCAGCGGCUGAAGCUGCUGCUGUACUGGCUGCAGCAGGAGCUGGCGUUCAGCGAGGGCUGCGAGGACAGAAUCAACUGGCUCAGCGAGGCGUUGGUGGAGUCGGACCCGGACGCGCCGGCCGAGACCGACUGGAGCUUCGCCCGCUGCGCCCGCACGCUUGUGGCGCUACAGCUGCAGCUGGCGGACCCCAGCCCCGAGGCCGCAGCCGCCAGGUACCCGCCCGCCGCGCCGCCGCUGCGGCCGCGCGACCCGCAAGACAUGAUGUACUGGAUCGAGUACGAGGUCAAGUCGUACCCACUGGACUGGAGCGUGGGCAUCCUGUUUGAGAUGGUGGGGCUGAGCGAGGAGGCGCAGGCGCUGGGGCGCUACAGCCACGAGGACGUGGUACUGGAGGUGCUGCGGCAGCUGCCUCAGCCGGUGCUGCUGCAGUUCGUGCGGCGGGCCUUCCUGCGCCUGGCGUGCUUCAUGAUGGGGAGCGCCCAGAUGUACGGCAUGUCGCGGCCCGGGUCCCUGGCGGCCAUGGUCACAGGCUUCAGGUACGCCACAGUGCUCCUGGGCCUGGUGCAGCAGUGCCAGGCGGCUGCGGACAUGCUGCACGAACAGUUCUUCCUGGAGCUCUACCACCUCUUCCGCACGCCGCAGGUCCAGGAGCGGCUGCGCGAGGUGCGGUCGGGUCAGGACGCGCUGCUGGCCGAGUCCACGCAGCACCUGUUUGAGGCGCUGCUGCAGCGCAUCGGCGAGGCCAUGCCGUGGCGGGGGGGCGCCGCGGUGCCGGGCGAGCACGCCAUUGGGCACGUGGUCAGUCGGGCGCCCCUGGCCAAGAUGCCCACACGCGUGACCUGAGGAGUUAUAAGGCAGUUGUGGGGUGCGGGUAUGGUUGUAAAUGGGCUGGGGGAGAAUGAGAGAAGGGGCUGGACGGGGAUGGAGGCGUGGCGGGGUGAGUGGGGACUAGCAGGUGGGUGUUGGGAGGCGGCGCAGGAGGUGCGUGUGAGCGGUCGAGCAUGGGUGGCAAGCAGGGUGUGUGCCGACACACAUAACCGAAUGGAGCCCUAGGCCAGCAAUGUACUUUAGUGUGGGAGCGUGGCAGCCGAGUGUGGGAGCGAGGGCGGGCUGUGAGGGCGAAGGCUGGUGGUGACCGCGAGCUGAGUGUGUCCAAUGUGUUGCAGUUUCAUGGGCUGGGGCUUGCGGGCGAUAGCACGUCCGAUUAGUGACACUUGGCAAGACUGCAACCUGACGGCCGUGAUGGCCACACCCGAGGACUGACGAGGUCACUGCUGUCUGCAAAGACUGUAACUGGCAUCAGAC